UUGUCUCUUUCUCUGUCCGACAAUUACCAGAUUAUUACAGAAGAACCUUCAAACACCCACUGUCGGUACACACGCAAAAGAGAAACAACCAAGAACAAUAAACCCCUUCAAUCUCCCUUAUUAGAUCUACACAAAAAACCAUUUUUUGUGCAGAUCCAAAAAUCUUUUCUUUUUUGCUCACACGAAAAAAAAAACCAAGAAAAAAAUGGAUUCUUCAGAGCAACGUCGUAAGAGAAAAAGGAUUUUCAGACCAUCUUCACCAACAGUUUUUCUUCCUUAUUCUCUUAAAUAUUUCUUCUCUGUAAGGUCUUUAGUUUUAUGCUUUAGUUUCUUGAUUUUUAUUUUUCUUCUUUCUUAUCAGAUUCCUUUUGGUUCUUCUGUUUUUAGACCUGUUUUAGUUGUUUCAAGCUUAUCUUUAUUGUCUUCUUCUUCUGACUUAUCUUCUAGUUCUGCUUCAUUUCAAGAUUUUGGUAGUUUCUUAUUGCCUUUACAAAUUGAGGGUCGAGUUUUGUUUCCUGAUCAUGUUUUGCUGUUGAUAAAAAAGAAUACUUUACUUGGUAAAAAUACAGAAUUGGAGUGUGUUUAUGCUAGAAAUACAAGUGAUAUUGUUGUAAAGGAGAAAGCUUUUUCAAUGGAUGAUUAUGGUGAUGAAAAUGGGAUGAUUGUUAGAUGUCCACUUCCUCCAGCUAAUUAUUCAGCUGUAGUGAAUUUGAUGAAGUUUAAGGGAAAUGGUGUUGUGGAUAUGGAAGCUGAAAAUGGGAUAUGGAAAAGUAAUCAGACAGAUAAUUCUUGGGAAAAUGUUGCUUAUGCUGCUAUGUUGGAUGGUAAUACAGCAGUGGUGUUUGUGAAGGGAUUGAAUUUGAGGCCUCAAAGAGAAUCCGAUCCGAGUCAAUUUAGUUGUCAUUUCGGGUUGGGAAGUUUGGAAAAAGAUGGAAGGUUUGCACUUAGGACAAAUGCUAUUAGUGCUGCUCAAGAGGUUGUUAGGUGUUCAUUGCCAUUGAGUAUUAGGAAGAGCCCCGAGAAGGCUCGUGGUAUACGAAUAACGAUUGGUAUGUUGCCUCAUAUUCAUGCUAAAGCUCAUGAACAUGUACUUUUGCCCUCAGUAGCCAAGAUUUCUGACCUGAAAUCUGAGGGAAUUAGGAAGAAUAUUGGAAAUGUAAAGUAUGAUCUUUGUGUGUGUACAAUGGUGUGGAACCAAGCCUCAGCGCUUCGCGAAUGGAUCACGUAUCAUUCUUGGCUUGGAGUUGAAAGGUGGUUUAUUUAUGACAAUAAUAGUGAUGACACAAUCAAAGAUGUGAUUGAAGAUCUUGAGACAGAGAAUUACAACGUCACACGACACGUUUGGCCGUGGAUCAAGACUCAAGAAGCAGGUUUUUCGCAUUGUGCUCUUAGAGCAAAGCAAGAAUGCAAUUGGGUAUCGUUUAUGGAUGUGGAUGAAUAUUUCUACUUUCCAUAUUCUACACCGGGACACCAAAGUUUUAGAAGCAUGGGUUAUGCAGGAAAGGACUCACUUCGAUCCCUCGUGGCAAAUUUAUCAUCAUCAUCACCAACAAUAGCAGAGAUCAGAACAACUUGCCAUAGCUUUGGACCAUCUGGUUUGAAUUCAGCACCCUCACAAGGUAUCACUGUUGGAUAUACAUGUCGGCUUAAGAGUCCCGAGAGACACAAAUCAAUCAUACGCCCUGACGCUUUGGACACCACUCUCCUCAAUGUGGUGCAUCAUUUCUACUUGAGGAAAGGAUUUAGGUACUUGAAUUUGCCACAAAGCACUGCAGUGAUAAACCAUUAUAAAUACCAAGUGUGGGAAGUUUUCAGGGCGAAGUUUUUCAGGCGAGUGGCUACGUAUGUUGCUGAUUGGCAGAAGAAUCAAAAUGAAGGAUCAAGGGAUAGAGCACCUGGUUUAGGGACUGAGGCUAUUGAGCCACCAAAUUGGCCAUUACAAUUCUGUGAAGUUUGGGAUACCGGCCUUCGGGACUUUGUUUUGUCAAACUUUGCUGAUCUAAUAACUGGUUUGUUGCCUUGGGAGAAGUCUUCAUUCUAAUCACUGAAUUCCAUUGUUAUCCCUUGGCUUAUCCAAGUAACGUAUAUCCAUUCCUCCUUCGAUGACUGCCAGUAGAGAAAGCUAGGGAGCUCGAGGGGCGGAUGCCCUAUAUGUAAAAAAGAUGAUCACCAAAAAAUUCAAUUCUUUCUUCAUUCCAGGGCUAUUGUAUCUGAUUUCCUUUAGCUUUUGUAGACAGGAGAUAUUUAAACAAUAGAUUAGAAUAGGAAAUUUUUCUUUCCUUUGUUGAAUAUAUCUGUAAUUUUUCUACAGUGUAACAUUGAUAUUUUCAUUAAAUCAAUUCUUUUAUCAUUAUUCUAA